UGAUGACGCACGCUCACUGCACACACACAACAAAGAUGGCUGCGCCCUGUAGGAAUCUGAUGAGGUCGGCUUUUGAAGGAUUGCAUCAGCUGUCAAUUAGGACAUUAUGGGUAGGAUCUCCCUUUAAGUGUAAGAUUUAUCAUCUCGGAUUGCAGAAUGUUUUACAUAGCAGAGCUCUACACUGCAGGCAUUUCUGCUUACAAACCACCAGCAAGACACAAGAAAUAACAAGCAGACAGAAACCAAACGAACAUGAAUAUAAGACAGCGCAACAAAGGAAAGAAGAGGAGAAUGAAGAAGGUGAAGAUGAUAACAGGCCUGAGUACAUUCCAAAAAGGAAGGCCAAAAAUCCAAUGAAGAAGAUUGGAUAUGCGUGGAUGAUUGGCCUGCCCACUGGAGUUAUUGGCUUUAUUCUGGCAAAGAGACAGGUGGACAAGAACCGACUGAAGCAGCUGAAAGUCAGACAGAGAAUGAAAAAAGCCAAUGAGGGAGAUUACGACAGUGAGCGAUAUAAACUUGCCACCAGGGUGGAGUGAAAGCAUCUGUUACAAAUGACUAUUGUUCUGAAAACUGCCUUCAUUGAGCACUUAUGAUUGGGUUGCCAUGGAAAAUUAUAAAACAAAGACUUUGAAAGAUGGUUUGUAUGAUGAUGAUGAUGAUGAUAGACCUUUGAUCAGGAGUUGGAAACAAAUUGUUGUGUUUGUAAGAUAAAAAUCUUUCUGUCUGAAAAUGAGAUUUUGAUGUCAUUGCAGAAUGUUUGAACUUAGUAUGGUUGAACAUUAAUAUAAUAAAAACUGACGUGCAACCAACUUUAAAUAUUCAAAUCCAUCAAAU